AUGGCAUCAAGCGGAAAACGCAUCGUCUUCACCGGCGGGACCGGCAAAGCAGGGCGGCACGUAAUCCCCGAACUGCUCAAACGGGGGCACAAAGUGCUGAACCUCGACCUCAAUCCCCUAAACCACCCCGGCGUCUUCGACCUAAAAACGGACCUCACCGACAGCGGCCAAGUCUUCAACGCACUAACCACGCACUUCGACUUCAGCGGGUACGACGACGCCCUUGUCCCGCAGCCCCCCGACGCUGUCAUCCACUUUGCCGCCUACGCGCGCAACAUGCUCGUCCCGGACAGCGAGUGCUUCCACGCCAACGCGACGGCGACUUACAACGUCAUCGAGGCCGCGUGCAAGCUCGGCGUCAAGAAAAUCGUAAUCGCGAGCAGCGAGACCGUCUAUGGCGUGUGUUUCGCGCAGGGCAAUGCCGACUACCACGCUUUUCCGCUGGAGGAAGACAGCUAUGAUUGCGAUCCCAUGGACACGUACGCCCUCUCGAAACUUUGUGGAGAGCGUGUGGCCCGCGGCUUUACGCGCAGGUUCGGCGUCGAUAUCUAUGCGUUGAGGAUUGGCAACGUCGUCGAGCCGCACGAGUACGAGCGCGAUUUCCCCCGCUAUCUUAAGGAUCCGGGGUGCCGGAAGCGCAAUGCCUGGAGCUAUAUCGAUGCCCGCGAUUUGGGCCAGAUGUGCGAUCUUGCUGUCAGGAAGGAUGGGCUGGGGUUCCAGAUCUUCAAUGCGACGAAUGAUACGAUCACGACGAAGGUGCCGACGAAAGAGUUUUUGGAGAAGACGUGUCCAAGGACGCCGUUCAUGAGGGAGAUGGGUGAGUGGGAGGCGCCGUUGUCGAAUCGCAAGAUUAGGGAGGUGCUGGGGUUUAAGGAGGAGCAUAACUGGCGGAAAUAC